AUGUUGCCUCUGGAAAUGACCGUCGUGGGCGAGGAAGAUGAAUGUGGCACUCGCGAUAUUGUGCCAGGUGACCAGAGCCCCAUCUCGUCCGCAAGUAGGGACAGUCUAGCCGGCCCUCGAGCCCCCUUCCCGCCAUCACGCAGAUGCACCUCGCCCCUAUAUCGCCCCAUCAUCCCGCGGGAGGCGAGAUGGAAGGUCGGGAACGAGGGCCGCCAAGGGCUAGACUGCCCUCCGCAGGGUCGAGACGGCUACUCCUGA